UGCCACCUGAGGACACGCUCUGCGCAUGCGCGUAACUCGAGGAGCUAAAAUAACUACUUUUUUUAAAUACAUUUGAGCUGCCCGUCGUGUCGACGAGUGUGUCAAAUUAUACGCGUGUUUUAUAUAUUUUAUUUGCCUUUCUUUUGUGAUGUAUCCCUCCAUCUGAGGACUAGUUGGCGUAGACGAGGCGACCCGUUUUUGUCGUCGUUGCAGACAGACUAUGUCGACAAAUAAAACAAAGAAAGUCAAAAUGGCUACGAAAUCUUGUCCCGAAUGCGACCAACAGAUUCCCGUGGCGUGCAAGUCGUGCCCAUGUGGCUUCGUGUUCAUCAGCAGGAAACUCCUCAACGCCAAGUUGAACGAGUGCUCGUCCACCAACGCGGCGGACAAGCUGGAAAGCAAGCGUCGGCGCACGGAGCGCAUCCGUCGCGAUCGCCUGGACGGCAGCCUGGCGGCUGUGGCGGCGAGCGACGGGGCGGAGGGCAGGAAGCAGCAGCCCAGGGCCAACGGCCAGGCCGAUCCCAUCCGCAGGGGGCGGGGCCGACCCAAGACGGUCGGACUCAAGAAACACGAGGACGACAAAGAGAAACAGGAGAAGGAAGUGGACGUGUACGCGGGCCUGUCGGACGAGCGGGCCUUCGUGUUCUCGGUGGCGUUGGCCGAGAUCAACCGCAAGAUCCUGGCUCAGACGCUCAUUUUGUAAGCGCCCCCGGCGGGCGCCGGCGCGGACUUUCACGUGGAGCUUGCCCCUGACCAGGUGACCCCAUCGAAAGCGGACUUUGAAAUAACACCCUCCGUCUCAACUUGACUUCCCCCAGGAGAUGGGCUGGUACUCCCCACGGGGCCAGGAACCGGUGGGGUGGGGUGGGGUGGGGUGGGCUUCUAGCGGCUCAGUUACCAAUGAGUGAGGAGCUCUUGAUCCUGUUGUCUCGACAACAAGUUCCAGGUACUUUUGUUGAAAAUGUAACUGGUGUUUGUGAUGGGUCAUCCGCUUCCAGCGCAUGCAAACGCCCCGUCGGUGAGAGCGCCUUUCCACCGCUGGCCCCGGGAGGCCUUGAAAGCUGGGCACCAUUGUUUGGUUCUGGGGCCAAAAGAAGACCCUCUUAUGAGAGGUCACGGAACCUUUGGGAUGCAACUGCUGAGGAAAUACAAGUUGCCGGAACUUUGGCCGGUUUGCAGGUCAGGAAGGCGUGGAAUUUGGAAGCAGCUCUCCUGGAAGUUGACGAAAAAGAAUAUUCGACGCCAGUGCGAUGAGAUUGGGAACAUAAAAGCCGCAAGUACUUGCGCUUUGAUUGC